AUGACUAAAUUAAGUAAGGUUAAGGUGGGAGGGAAACACUAUAAUAUUGAAUACUUCUUGGGUGCGGAUUGGAAGUUUUUAGCAUGUGUAUGUGGGUUAGGGGCAGCUAACCAGGAUCAUGCACGUAUUUGUUCCAAAUGCCCUCGCAAUCAGAGGCCUGACAUCCAAACAGUAUGGUCCCUUAGCAAUAGUGACCAGGGUGCUAGAUCACUGGAGGAAAUUGCCAACUUUGCUACUUCAAAACAGCUCAACUGCAAAGCAACUCCUUUAUUUAGCUUCACACCACUUGAUCAUGUAAUUAUUGAUACUUUACACUUAUUUCUUCGCCUAUCUGAUAACUUGACUGAACUUUUAAUUAGAGAAUUGAGGAGAAAGGAUGCAUGUGACAAGGCAACAUUUCCACAUGGGUUUUCCCAAAAGAAGUUUAAGCAUAUGGCCGGGUAUGAAGCAUUCCUGACGAACCGUGGCAUUUCUUUUGAGUGGAGGAUCAACAAAGAUACAAAAAAGCUGGACUAAGAGAUUGAACUGGUCCAGCAAAAACUCACUGUAAUGCAAAACAUUGACUUCCCUUCCCUUUUGCCAGGUGACCAGAAUAUAGAAAAACUGCAGCAGCUAUGGAGUGAGUUUAUGGAAAUCAUUUAA